GGUAGGUAAGCUGCAACCUUAACCUCUCGCUCGUAAGUCCACUCCCCUGCCUUUUCUUUCGCAAUAAAUGACUUGGGUUUCAUGUGAAAUCAACGAAAGAAAAGGAAAAGGUAUUUUAGCAUUAAACCAUCUCCCAGGCAACUCAUUUCAUCUCAAAUCUGAAGAAAAAGUUAUAUGUAUUUUUUUGUUUGAGACUUUGAGCCAAGAUAUUUGCUAAAAUCAGCUGGGUUUCGUCUCAUUGCAAAUAAAAGAAAUUAGUCCUUUUAGCCAGUUCGCAUUUGAGAGAUAUGAGUUGUGUUGAGUACAAGGCAGGGGAAAAAGAUGAUUUUUUUUUUAGCCUAGCUACGAAUGCCUUUGUGUUUGAUCUGGGAAAGCUGAAAACAAAGAUGGUUUUUUGAGCCUACCCAUCUCCUAAAAAUGUCUUGGAAUCGGAUUCAAAUGAUGGAAAAAGUUGGUCUUGUGACCCACCCACCUCCUCUCGCUCCUCUGCUUUCUCCUAUUUCUGCUUCCCCUUCAUCUUCAUUCUCAUCUCCUUAUAAUAACAAUAAUUACCAGAAAGAAUCAACUCCUUCAUCAUCAACUAGCAGUAGAAUCAGCCCUGCUGCUCUUUUUAUUAUAGUUAUUCUAGCCGUUAUUUUUUUCAUCUCUGGCUUGCUCCACCUGCUUGUCAGAUUCCUUAUAAAGCAACCGUCUUCCUCUUCGACAUCUCAGUCUAACAGAUACCCGGAAAUUUCUGGUUCUGAUGCUCUCCAAAGGCAAUUGCAACAGCUCUUCCAUCUGCAUGACUCUGGUCUAGAUCAAGCUUUUAUAGAUGCUCUCCCUGUUUUCCUCUACAAAGAGAUAAUGGGUCUGAAAGAGCCAUUUGACUGUGCAGUUUGCCUAUGUGAAUUUUCAGAGCAAGACAAACUGAGGUUGCUUCCUAUGUGUAGUCAUGCUUUUCAUAUUAACUGUAUAGACACAUGGCUCCUGUCAAAUUCAACAUGCCCUCUCUGUAGAGGGACGCUUUACAGCCCUAGCCUUGCCAUUGAGAAUCCGGUUUUUGAUUUUGACGAUUUAAGGGAGGAGAGUGGGUGUCCAGGCGAUGGAGAGGAUGGGUUUGCUUCUAGUCAGAAACCAGUGGAAAUGGAGGAAAUUCCUACCGAAAAGAGGGUUUUCCCUGUGCGACUUGGGAAGUUCAGAAAUUUGAAUAGUGGAGGGGAAGGAGAAAGAAGAGGAGAGACGAGCAGUAGUAAUUUGGAUGCCAGGAGAUGUUACUCCAUGGGUUCGUUUCAGUAUGUUGUUGGUGAUUCCAAUCUGCAAGUCGCCCUGCGCCCUGACAGAAACGGUGCCGGGGCUGCGAAGCUUGUGAAAGGGAGAGCAGCACAGAAUGGGAAUUCGUCAAUUGAUGCGGAUCUUGAGGGAAAGAAGCUCAGUGGUAGGAGUAAAGGUGAAAGCUUCUCUGUCUCCAAGAUCUGGCUUUGGUCCAAGAAGGGCAAAUUUCCAAGUUCUUCAGAUGCCCAUGUGGAUGUUCCUCCCUCUGUUAACAUAGGCAUGCCAUGGCCCGAAAGAACUCAGGGCCUGUGAAUUUAUUUUCUUUUGCAUUCUCUUGAUUAAUUACUCAUCCAUUAACCAAAAGAUUGUUGAGCUUGUAUUUAUAUCAGUCUGAUUUUUUUAUGCAAAUUUCUCUGAAUUAUGCUCCUCA